CUUCUUACAUCUAUAUUAAAGCCCCAAAUCUCCAAUCCCUGUAAUUCUUUUGCACCCACAAAAAACUAUCCAACAAAACCAUCCAUGGCAACUGAUCGAUUCCUGUUUCCAAACUAACCUCCUUAUUGCUUUGAGUACACAAGAAAAACCUACUUUCUUUGUAGCUUUUUCACUACUCAAAAGGACUCACAAUUCUUUGCUUUUCUUGUUUUGGAUUUGUUGUAGAUUUACAAAGAAGAAAAGAUGAUUCAAGAGUUGUUAGGAAAUACUAGUGCAGGACUGGUAGGAGGAGAGAGGAACAUCUCGAUUGGUGCUGGAGUUUUAGAAGGCUCAUCACCAUCUCUUUCGUCUUCUUCUUCUACAACGACAACAGCAACAACAACUACUUCAACUACAACCACCACAACAUCAUCAGGAUCCUCAGAGCACCAAAAUGUGAGGUGCCCAAGAUGUGAUUCUUCCAACACCAAGUUCUGCUACUACAACAACUACAACCUCACUCAGCCUCGCCACUUCUGCAAGACCUGCCGACGGUACUGGACCAAAGGUGGCGCCCUCCGUAACGUGCCGAUCGGGGGCGGCUGCCGGAAGAGCAAGAACACAAGUAUGUCCACAGCUUCAGCUGCCAAAUCAAGCAUGGGGAAGGUCAAAGUUGCAUCAGAGAUCGUUAAAUCGAGCCUUGGAAGUGGGUUUGAUCACGACCCGCCAUCUAACCCAAUUUUAUGGGCUACUCCACAGAAUUCUCAACUGUUAGCCUUACUGAGAGCAAGCCAAAACCUUAACCCUAACCCUAACCCUAACCCCAUUUGUAAUCCAGUUACCAUCAAAGAUGAGGCGGGUAUUAUCGGAUCCCAUGUCACGUCGGACUCAUCAGCAGUGACGGGUGCAAUAAAUGCACGAGUCCUGAACCUAGAUCCUCUGACUCAGGUUCCAAUUGGAUUAUGCAGCUCAUUCUGGAGAAACAAUCUACAUCAAACACACCACCACCACCACCACCAAUCUCAUCAGCAACAGCACACAUUAUUACUGGGUGAAGUUCAGAAUUCAGGGAUUCAAGAUCUUUAUCAAAGGCUCAGACAAUCCGUGAAUUACUAUGAUAAUUCGGCAUCAGUCCAGAGUAAUGUGGCAGCUGUUGCAGCACCAUCAUCAUCGUCUUCGUCUAUCAUAGAACCAGCUCCUGUUGCUGGAGGGGAACUGGGUUACUGGAAUGCCGCGUUUUCAUGGUCAGAUCUAUCAACAACCAAUGGUGCAUUUCCUUAAGGACCUCGGCUCUUCCUUCUCUAUUUUUAAGUAAGUUAUUUUUCAUUUGGGUUUUCCAUUGUUUGCUUGUUUGGGGAUAUGGUAUAUGAAUAUGGUUGAAGUAUCAGUCUGUUCUAUCUGGUUUUUUUUUCUUCCUUUCAACUUAUUCUUAACUAAUUUUAGUGCUUUUCUCUGUGUGUUUUAAAGUGUGGUUACCUUGUGAGUGUAUGUACCAAGAAGCAGGAGAGAAGAAAAAACAAAGGAAAAUGGAAAGAUUAUUAGGUGUUUCUGAAUGUUUUCAUUUAUAUGAGAAAAUUAAAAAGAGCUCAUGUUUCACUUUGUAUCCAUUUACUGUCUACAUAAGAUGUCAUUUUAUAAUUAUCAACAUGCAGAAGUAUUCCAAGGUUUCA